CACGUCUGGCAAUCUUUCAGCUCUACUGGUCUGUAGCUGAAUUCAACAGAGUGUAGCUAGAUCAAUAGUAUAGUAUGGCUGACACGCUAGCAAUGAAGGCAAGCCGCGGGCAGGGCGGAGUGAACCAGCUUGGAGGCCUCUUCGUCAAUGGAAGACCUCUCCCUGACCAAAUCAGGCGCAAGAUUGUUGAACUCUCGCAUAGUGGAGUGAGACCGUGCGACAUUAGCAGGCAAUUGAGAGUGUCUCACGGAUGUGUGAGCAAGAUCCUUGGAAGAUUCUACGAGACUGGUUCAAUCCGACCUGGAGUCAUAGGAGGCAGCAAACCUAAAGUAGCUACUCCUGAUGUAGUGACGAAAAUCGAAGAGUACAAGCAAGAAAAUCCGAGUAUUUUUGCAUGGGAGAUUCGUGAUCGCCUACUCCAGGAGGGAGCCUGUGACAAGAGCAACGUUCCAUCAGUCAGCUCCAUCAACAGGAUCGUGAGAACCCGCACUCAACAGCGACAGAAGAUGCUCCACGAAAAAGUGAACUAUAUGACCCCCCAUCAAGUACCCCUUCUCCAAACUGACCACUCAAUCGCUUACCCCGUCCUCCAUGGAGAAGCUAUUCACGCCGGCCAUGUCGGCUUCAUGACCCCUCAUUACGGAAGUCUUCCGAGCUCUGGGCUUCUUCCACAGCAAUCGUUUGUCAGCCAGAGCGCUCGAAUGCCUCCACACUUUCCACACAGCACUAAUGACGGUGGCAUUAUGCCUAUGAGCAUGCCUAUCAAUACAAUGCCUAGUUAUCCACCGUUGGAGCAUCACUACAUCGAUGCUUCACAGUCUACAACCACAAAGAUGCUCUCCCAUGCGGCUGCUAUCUCAACUAGUCGUGCACUAAACCACCACCCCACUGCAUACUCGAGCGGCUACACUGUCCCCGUGGCUCAGAUUCCACGUAGUCCUGAUUCCACCGAGACUAUUCACAGUCCUCAUGGAAGCCUCCAGGCACUCAAUAGCCCUCAGGGGACCACCGGCUAUCAGUCUGUAUGCAGUCCUGACGGAGGUAUGUGUCAGUCUGGGGUCGUGAGCAGAGACGGAAGUAAAUACGAGAGCAGGAGUGCACCUUCCCCCAACGUGCCUCUGGGUAUGUGUGACAAGGCAGCCAUGAUGUCUCCAGGCUCUAGAGAGAAGACUGACGAAGAUGAGGACAUGUUGGAGCCUUCCCACCUGACGGCUGCACAGUCCAAAGAGCUAGAGAUGGUGUACAUCAACUGCCCACGGCCUGACCCCUCCACACUUAACAAAUUGGCUCAGAAUCUUGAUCUACCAGAAGCACACAUUAAGGCAUGGUUCACUUAUCGCCAGACCACUGGCAACAAGGCUGUGUGGGAAGCCCCACCCACCAGCCCCACUUAUUCAGACAAUACAGCAGACAGUCUGCAACCCGACCACUUAAAAGAAGCCCCUCCCCUUCAUGCAGCAGGUAAUGCCUUGGCUAACAAUGGAACCAGCUCUCCCACACACACCAUCUUCAUUGCCCAUCCCCUCUACGCGGAUGCCGGACACUACCAACUGGGCAAGUCGUGCAAUGUCAGUGACAACAGAGUGAGCAGUACCUCCCCUAACUGGCCAGCAGCUCGUCCUUACCUCUCUUACCCUGCUCCGUACCCCACUCACUCGUCAUGUGACAACAGCUCGACUCUGCCCACUUGUUAAAUCCGAACUCUACCCUGCAAUGAAUGAAGCGUGUACGAGCAGUUAGCCUAAGGCAUUAUAAUUAUUGCCUUUUUGCACGAAUAUUACCCACUUAUCACUUUUUUUAGUAAUGUACAUACUCCGCAUUAAUCACUUGACGUACAAUUUAACUAUUAUGAUUUGAAUCUCCAAUCUCUUAAUAAUCAUGUAGGCGCAAAAAUAAUGUGUGAUCACUUUAUACCUUUAUUCACUUAUACUGCUACUUUUAAUAUUAAACAAACCGUCUAAGACACUUCGUGAAGCCUGUGAUAUGUCAAUGCUUACUUUCUGCUUUAUUUGUGCAUAUCUUGCAAACUGUCACUUAUUAUACAGUUUUAAAGUUUUGUACGCAACUUUAAUAUCACUUUUGUAAUGAUGUAUAAUUAUAAUCGUAGUGAAUUAAAAUUACAUUAUAUAUCAGUACACACA